GCCUCGGUAUCAGGAAGUGGCCCAGCCCUUUCCUUCCUGUGUUUUUGUUUCCUCCGCCAAAUGUGACCCUUUUCUACACAUUUUAGCUGAAAAACACAAGAUGUCUCGGACGGGGCAGCUCAUCCCCAGUCAGCAGAAGCUGGCGGAGAAGCUGACGGUGCUGAACGAUCGGGCCAUGGGCAUGCUGACGAGGAUAUAUAACAUCAAAAAGGCCUGUGGAGAUGUGAAGUCCAAACCUGCCUUCCUCUCAGACAAGAACCUGGAAGGAGCCAUCAAGUUCAUUGUCAGGAAGUUCCCACAUGUCGACUCCAAGAACAACUAUUGGACAAUGCCUUUUGUGCAGUCCCAGCUGCAGCAGGUCAACAACAUCAAGGGAGAGAUCAUGAAGCAGCUCUCACUCUACUACUUCACUUUUGUGGACGUUAUGGAUUUCAAGGACCAUGUCAGUGAGCUGCUCACAACAAUGGAUGCCUGUAAUGUUCAUUUUGACAUUACGACCAACUAUGACCUGACGAAGGGUUACCUGGACCUGAUCAUCUCGUAUGUGUCUCUGAUGCUCCUACUGGCGCGGAUAGAUGACAGGAAGGCAGUGCUGGGACUGUACAACUACGCACAUGACCUGACACAUGGCAAAGUGGAUCAGAACUUUGCCCGUCUAGGCCAGAUGAUCCUGGACUAUGAACAGCCAUUGAAGAAGUUACAGGAGGAAUUCACACCUCACAGCAAGCUGGUGGCCUGUGCCCUGUUGUCCCUACACCAAGUGUACCCCCGGCGGAACCUGCCUGCUGAACAGUGGAGACAGGCCCAGAUGCUGAGUCUGGUCAGUGCUCCAGGACAGAUGCUCAACCCUGCACAGAGCGAGACGAUGCCCUGUGAGUACCUGUCAGUGGAGACCAUGGAGAAGUGGAUCAUCUUUGGAUUCUUGCUGUGCCAUGGACAGCUGACACAGUCAGACUCUGCUGUUCAGCUGUGGCGACUUGCGCUGUCUGGGAACUACGUCAUCACGCUGUUCCGAGACGAGGUGCUGUACAUUCACAAGACUGUGGAGGGGGUGUUCGAGGGGAUCAAGGGGUACGGCAAGCGUGUAACUGAAACAAAGGAGUGUGCCAAUUAUGCUGUUGUUAACGCGGGUCCGUUUCACCGAGAGAGAAGAGCGUUCCUGCGUACAGCUCUGAAGGAGUUAGUGAUGAUUCUGGCUGACCAGCCUGGUUUACUGGGGCCCAAGGCUUUGUUUGUGUUUAUGGGUCUGUCGUUUGCUCGAGACGAGGUACUCUGGCUACUGAGACACUCAGAAAACCCUGCGCCCAAACUCAACAAGCGGCCCAACCCUGUGGAUUAUGAAGACAGACAACUGCCAGAGUUGCUGUACUACAUGGAAGAGUUGCGGGGACUUUUGCGGAAGUACAACCAGGUCAUGCAGCGGUACUACGUACAGUACCUGAACGGGUUUGACUCCAUCGUGCUCAACAACCUAGUCCAGAACGGAUUGCACCAGCCUCGCUUGCGUGCGAGAGAAAGUUUCAACAGCAAACGAAACCCCACGUGUCAGGAGGACUGGAAUCUGUCGGUGUGUCCAGAGGAUGAGUCUAUCAUCAUGUCAUCUUUUGUCAACACUAUGAAUGGCCUGUCUGUCAAACAAGUUGAGGAGGGGGAGAUAUUUGACUUCCGAGGAAUGAGACUGGACUGGUUCAGACUACAGGCCUACACCAGUGUUAGUCGAGCCCAGCUGGUUCUGAGAGAGAACCCUGAUCUAGCACGACUCAUGAACACCAUCACGUUCCACACAUACAUGGUGGACAGUCUGGAUGAGAUGGCUAAGGAGACAUCUGACCUCUCCACCUUCUGUUUUUACGGGCGUCUGUUUGAGCAGUACUUCCAGUGGUGCCUGGAGACACCGUCCCAGAUGCGCUACUCCAUCAGCUUCCCACUCAUCUGUUCCCACUUCAUGAACUGCACCCACGAGAUCUGUCCAGAGGAGGUAGUGCGACACCACAUUGGGGACCGUAGCCUGUCACAGGCCAACUUCUUCCUGGAUGAGAUGGCAAAGGAGGCCAAGAACAUCAUUACCUCUAUCUGUGAUGAACAGUGCAAGCUUGGAGAUCAGCUGUUGCCCAAGAAUGCUGCCAAGACCAUCAGUAUUGCCAUCGAGAGGAAGAGAAACCAGAACAAAGCCAAGAAGCUGCCACAGGAACCUGACAAACCUGGGAGGGAGAGCAUGCGCCGCUCUCGCACUGAUGUCACAAGCAUGGACAAACUGUACCUGAUGCUGACAGAGCUGUGUUCUGCCAUCAACUACACCCCGUCCAUCCAGGUGUGGGAACACACCUUUGCUCCCAGGGAGUACCUGACUCAACACCUGGAGUCCAGGUUCACAAAAGCCCUUGUAGGGAUGGUGAUGUACAACCCUGACUCUGGGGAGAUUGCCAAGCCUUCAGAACUACUCAACAGUGUGGAGGCCUACAUGGGAGUACUGCAGACCAUAGAGAAUUAUGUUCACCUAGACAUCACCAGGGUGUUCAACAACGUGUUGCUCCAACAGACCCAGCCCCAGGACAGCCAUGGAGACAAGACCAUCACAGCUCUCUACACUAACUGGUACUUGGAGGUACUGCUGAGAAGAGUGAGUACAGGACAGAUCAUGUUCUCACCCAACAGACAUGCCUUUGUCAACGUCGGCGUGGAUCCCAAUCAAGUGGCCGUAAAUGCUGAGGAGUUCUCAGAUAUCAGUGAACUGCGAUCCCUUGCUGAACUGUUGGGGCCUUAUGGAAUGAAGUUCCUGAAUGAGAGUUUGAUGUGGCACAUCUCCAGCCAGGUGGCAGAACUCAAGAAACUGGUGACCCAGAACAAGGAUGUGUUGACUACUUUGAGGACCCACUUUGACAAGCCAGCCUUGAUGGCAGAGCACUUCAACAGACUCAGAGAUGUUGACAAUGUGCUGAAGAGAGUCACUAUUGUUGGAGUCAUCCUUUCCUUCAAGACACUGGCUCAAGAUGCUCUGAAUGAUGUGCUGAAGAAACGCAUCCCAUUCCUGAUGAGCUCCAUCAUCGACUUCCAGAAACACUUCCCUGAGACACCUGAGAACAACAUGGUUCGUGUUGAGAUAGUGAAUGAGAUGGCAUCGGCAGCUGGCCUCCCCUGUGAUGUAGACCCAGCAUUGUGUGCUGCUCUCAGAGUACAGAAAUCUGAGAAUCCAGAUGAGGACUAUAAGAUAGCCUGUCUGCUGAUGGUGUUCAUUGCCGUCUCCUUACCGAUGCUGUCACUAGACUCCCAGUCUUCCUUCAGAGCAGACCUAGAAGGACAUACAAACAACAUCCACUGCCUGGCCAAGGCUGUUAACAGUAUCGCUGCAGCCAUGUUUACUAUAUAUGGGAAAGGCAGGGUGACCAUUGAGGAAAGGCUUAAAGAGUUCCUGGCUCUGGCCUCCUCCAGCCUGCUAAAGUUGGGACAGGAAACCGACAAGUUGGCCCUGCGGUCCCGCGAGUCAGUCUACCUGCUUCUGGACCAGAUUGUGAGGGAGUCCCCGUUCCUGACCAUGGACCUGUUGGAGUCCUGUUUCCCCUACGCUCUCCUGCGGAACUCCUACCACGCAGUACUGAGACACGACAACCGGAUGUAACGUAACAGACGCAGUCUAAACACACAGAGCAGCUUACGGACAUGUAUAGUAGCAUCGUGAUGCUGCCAAUUGUUUCUGAAAUGCACUGCGUGCAUGCACGAAGGACAUACGUGUACAAAUAUACUGUACAUGUAAACCACAGAUGAUCAGGUAUUGGAAUCUGCAAAUGUGCAAGAUCAUAAUCUACGAAACCGUGUAACCCUUGCCUGCAGAAAGAUAAUUCAUCAGAUUGGGGGUGUGGAGUUGCCUUUGGGUAUCUUAUCUAAGAAGGCUAAAUCAAUACUAACUUUGUUCUGAGAGAUACGAAUUCAUUUUCACAGGUUGGAUGAAAAUGGCAGUUGUGUGAUAUUGUCUACAAAUUAGUUUGUUUUAUUUAUGGGGUGCUAUAAUUAUAAUGUUUUUAAGGUAGCGAAUCAUUUCCACUGAAAGAUAUUUAAAGCAGAUCAUUCCUUAAGCUAGUAGAUGAUCAUAGGAUAAAUUAAAGGUUCAUUGCAAAGGACAUGGGUUAUAUUCUUUAGAUUUGGACAGAAUUCAUUUAUGAACAUUGUGUGUGUAUAUGGUAAGAUAAUACACAAUGUGUGUGAUGGCAGUGGUAUUGGAUAUUACUCCUGUGCUCAUUUUUAUACAAGUGUGUUGAGAACUUCAAAAUCUGUGUCAAAAAAUUGAAGAGAAGCCCUGAAGAGAAAAAUGUGAAGAAAUCCUGCAUUCAAUGUAUGACUUGCUGUCUUCCGUACUGUGUUAGUUAAGUGUUAGAUUUUCCAAAGUAACGGCAAACAUGACACAGUGACGAGAAUGUAAUUGUACCAUGUAUCAUGCCAUGUUGACAGCUGGUAUAUCUAACCAUACUUGCAUAGUCUUAACUUCAACAUUGGAGACUUACAUUGUAUGGCAGCAUGUUGUGUUGAAACUUUUAGGUUUGAAUGUGAGAUUUAAAAGCCAUGAAGAGGCAUUGAGUCUGGUUGUAUGCUUGCCCUGUAGUUCCUUUCUGUAUGAUAAUAUCUCCUUAUUAUUUUGUAACAAAAUUUGGUAUUCAUGUAUAUAGGCUCCAUAAUGAUAGAUUCAAUGUCUUUUCCAUUUGAAUAUGUGGACAAUGAUUGGUGGUUGAAAAAUCUGGAAAAAUCCAAAAACUAAGUGUCAAAUUGGUUUGAACAAAAUAACAUGUAUUACAUUGUAUCUUUACCAGGUAGCAAGGGUAUAUAAUACAAUUCUCAUGCUAUUCCUUGUACAAAAAGUCAUGAUCAUUUGGCCUACAGUAUCUCAACAUAGAACUUGACUUGGAAUAAAAUCUAACAUCUCACUCAUUUGUGGUUUGUCUUUACUUUUUAUAAUGGCAAAACAUAAU